CACACACACACACACAUAUCGCUACCACCACACCACCACUGCAGCCAACCACACACUACAGGGCGGGCGCCUCCAAGUCCGGCCCUCUCUCGUUCCUUCGCCAAAGAGACUCGUCAGUUCAGAAAAUGAAUAAACACCUGCUCGUUCGCCCAUCUCAUUGCUCUUGCGACCUCUCUCACCAACAACACAUUCGUUCUCUCGUGUGACUAGAGCAACUCAAAUAUCCUUAAUAUCUCCAACUACUCCUACAACCACGACUUUAUCAAUCCACCAUCAACAACAUGAAGUACUCCACCGCCCUCACCAUGGCCAGCGCCGCCGCUGUUGCCGCUCAAUGCCCAAUCCGGGGCUGUGACUCCGUCUACGACGAGCUCACCGACGUCUGCCUUCCGCUCGCCAAUGGCAAGCCCGACUUCAACGCGCCUUGCAAUGGCAUGCUCGCCAUCCAAUACCAGUGCGCUUUCGGCCCCGCCGCCGGCCUCGACCUCGUCAACCAGCUCUUCAGCACCACCAGCACCGGCAGCGAGCUCACCCUCCCCGCCUACCAGUCAAACUCCACCCAGCGCGACUGCAUCUGCUCAUCGCAGUUCUUCAACGCCGUGAACGGCUGCUUGGCCUGCCAGAAGGGCCACGGCGACCAGUCCGCCCGUGACGUCACCCCCUCCUACAUCUCCUCCGUCAGCUCCGCCUACUGCGCUGCCUCCAGCACCCCGACAGUCGGUCUCGCCGACUACCUCGCCGGUAUCCCAGAGCCCACCAGCACCAACACUGCUGCCACCUCCGCCUUCUCCGACCCCAUCGGCAACAAGACCGCCGUCUCGCUCUACUACAACGCCCCCGUGACCGGCACCAGCGUCUACCUCCUCCCCACCAGCACCGGCGCCGUCAAGACCUCCAACGGCCAGAUCGUCGCCACCGCCACCACCAACAACGCUGCCGCCUCUUCCCCCACUCCCGCUGCCGCCCAGGGUGCUGGUUCCAAGGCCCAGGUCGCCGGUGCCGCCGGUGUCGUCGGUCUCGCUGCCCUUGCCUUCCUCUUGUAGAUGAAUUAUACCCAAUCGAUGUACUAAGAACUGAGACGGA